UUUUCAAACACAAAUCAUCCCCAUUUUUCAAUUUUUCCUCCCAAAACAACCAUUUCAUUUUCAAAUUAACUUUCUCUCUCCUCCAAAAGUUUAUCACCUUCUUCUCCAAAGAUCCAUCCCUAAAAUACUCUUUAUCUCUCCUCUGUGUCGUCGUCUUCUUCCCACACUCGCUAUUCUGAAGCUGCCAACAAACUAUAUUUAUCUCAUUAUCAUUAAUAAUAAUAAUAAUAAUGCCGUCUCCUGACUCUGACUUCGCCAUUCCUCCUUCUUCACCUUCCUCGAGGUUCGCAAUGAGUGAGACGAAUUUUGCGGAUGUGAACAAUUUGGAGCAUUGUAUUAAGUAUUUGAACCAGACUCUUGUUACAUUUGGCUUUUCGGCUUCGCUUGAUCUGUUUGCCAAUGAUCCUGUCUCAGUGGCCCGUACUUGUAAUUGUGUGCACUCAUUGUUGCAGCAGAGGCAGCGCGAUAUCGAGUUUCGGGAAUCGUCUAAUGAGCAAAGACAUCGACUUAACUCAGACAUAUCAAGGUUGGAGGCCAAGAUCGAGAGGCUUGAGUCACAGCUGGCGACAAAAGAUAGGGAGAUAGCAACCAUUACUCGAACGGAAGCCAAGUCAAGAGCUGGGUUUAAAGGACAAAUUGAGAAGUUGCAGCAGGAGAGAGAUGAAUUCCAGAAAAUGGUCAUUGGCAAUCAGCAAGUGAAAACUCAACAAAUGCAUGAAAUGAAGAGGAGAGAGAAAGAGUACAUAAAAUUGCAGGAGAGACUCAACCAAGUUGUGAAUGAGAAGAAGAAAGAAUCUAGAUCUGGCAUGGAGAUAAUGAAUUUACUGCAGAAAGAAGGGAGGCAGCGUGGUACAUGGAAUGGAAAGAAGACAGACAAUGACUUCUAUAAAAAGAUUGUUGAUGCUUACGAGGCCAAAAAUCAAGAACUGAUGCAAGAGAACAACGAAGUGAGGGCCUUGUUGAGAUCAAUGCAGGAGGAUAUGCGUGGUUUCCUUAAUGCUCCGAAUGGUUCAUCGAAGCAACCUCUCACCACCAUUGAAAAGCAUGAUAAUGACCUUUCACAGUCUCCUUUUGGCGGAAAGACGGAUGUCUUUGACCUUCCAUUCCACAUGGGCAGGGGUCAAAUUGAAGAAAACCUUCGUGCAAAGAUGUCUUCAAUAAAGGAGCGCUUAUGUCAGCUUCAAGAUGCACAAAAAGGAGCUGAUGUUACUUCAGAAGUCAGUGAAAGGGAGCUUGAACUUGAAGCGCAACUUGUCGAGGCAAGAAGCAUAAUUCAAGAGCAGGCAUCCAUGAUGUCCAAACAGUAUGCCAAGUCAGAGAGGCGUAGGGAAUCAUUCAUAUCGACACCAGAGCAGUAAUCAUCAAGGACAAGUAAUUCAAGCUACAGAGUGAUCUCAUUGCUUAUGCACUACUGGAACUUCUAGGUGUACGGAAAAUCAUCUAACAUAACCUUCGGCCAUAGCAACCAACGCCCACUUGACCUUGUAAGUUAUCUGUGAAGAGGCGCUAUUCAUGUAGAAAUCAUGUAAUAUAUGUUGUUUCAUUUAGGCAAAGGGGGGCUUGAAACUAUUGAUUAUACAAUUCUUAGUCCAUCAGUUUAGUGUAGGUUAAAGUUAACAUGUUAAUGUGAUUUAUGUCCAAGCUCUAUAUUUUGGCAUUAAUAUGUUCAGCAUCCGGCUGAGUAUUCAACUAUCGACCGUUUAUGUAAUGUGAUCGAUCAGUAAUCAGCUGUCUAGGCUGUGACGGUAAAAUUAAGCUAGUUAACACGCGCAAUUGCUGAUAUAUAUGGAGUAUUUUUCUUCUGCGA